UCUCUCACACUCUUUCAAUGCAUACUAAUGCAGCGAGUGGGCCCACCUCCCUUCCUCCCAUCUUUUUUUCGCAGGGAUGGGCGGGAGAGGGGAGACAGAGCAAUUCCAGCUCAGUAUCCUUCCUCAUGAGGCAGGCAGUGCUUUGACUAGCAGCAGCCAGCCCCAAUGCCUUUUUUUUCUCUCUCCCACUGGGCAAUAUUGGUGAUAACUGUGCGUUGCUGCUGCAACAAUGUCUAACCUGUGUGAGUGGCACGUCAUAUCAGACCAGAGUUGAGAGAGAGGGGGAGAGGAGAGGACAUCUGUGCCUGCCUUUUUUUUUUUUUUUUGUCAUCUGGAUGGGAAGUCUUUUUUGGGAGGAGAGACAGAAGAAAGCAGAAGGCAGCCGGGGAAGGGGAACAACUGGCAACAGCCAAUCCCCCCUUCCACACAUAGACUGGAGACAACGGAGGCCACUGGAGUAUUUGCUUUUAUCUUUCGUUUUUUGUUCUUUUUUUUCCUCAUCGCGCUGCUGGGAGGUGCUUUAUCUUUUCAUUUGCUUGCUCUCUCGGUCCUCUGUCUUCUCAUCUAUUUCGCCAUUUACCUGGUCAACAAUUUCUUCUAUUUAUGAGCCAGACAAGGAGGGAGAGAGAGGCAGAGAGACACAGAAAAAGAGAAAGAGAAAGAGGAGGGGGAUUUUUUUUGCCCCCGUUAUUCUCUUUUUUUUCACCCCCCCCCUUCAUUCAUCCUCCCUUCCCUCUCCAUCGCUAUCACUUCCAGCCCUUUCUAUCCCCGUGCAGCCCACGCUCCCUCCUCCCUACACCGCCUCCCUCCGCCCCCUCUUCCUCCUCCUCCACCUCCUCCUCCUCCUCGUCCCCACCGCUCCGCUCACCGUCCACCCCUAACUUUGGCUACUUUUUUUUUUUUUGACUCCACCAGUGUUUUCAUUUCUUUUCCUUUAGAGACAUUUUAAUUGGCUUUGCUUGUGUUUUCUAUUUAUGCCUUUUUCACUUUUGUACCUUUUCCUAUUUCCUAUUCCCCCCUUCUCUUUUUUCCUCCUCCUCCCAUCCUAUGCAUCUUUUUUGGGCGCUUCUUAAUUCUAACCAUAGGUAGGUCUAUUUAGUGUUUAGUGUCUGUCUCAAAGUCUUUGUUCCUUUUUCUGUGUAUGCAAGGUGUUUUGUGCGGGGUGCACACUUGACACACACACACACACACACACAUGCACACACACACUUGCUGGCCUACAAUCUAGCUCUGGUAUAACCAUGGCUCUCCUCCCAUCUGGGUCUCAGCUGAUUCUUUCCUCACGUCAUGUCAUCUUCACGUCACUCCCCCGCCCCCCCUCAUACUAUAUAAUCUGUGUUUUAUGACUUUCUUUUUUUUUUUCUGUUGUCGUUGUCGUUGUUCUCCUCGACAAAGUCUGCAGUGACUCAUCAAGCACCUUCUCCAGCCGUCACCAUCAGUCGGACUCCUCCACAUUGUCAUUUCUCUGUUGUUGCAUAAAAAAAAGUCUGUUCUUCCAUUAAAGAAAUGUCCCCACCACCACCUCCACCUCCCUCCCCCUUUAUCACACACCGUCCUCCUGCUCGACGUCCAAACUUCAUCCCGUUAGAGUACAUCAUUAGCACGCGCCGAGGUGCGUUUUAAGUUCAUCAGGUGAAGGUCAAACUGAGCGGAGGCCCCGAUUCGUCGGCGACAGUUGGACCGUUGUCGUUUCCAAAGCGCGUUCCUGAGCCAGCGCUUGUCCGUGCUGUCGGGGUGUCAUCUGUGUUUGUACACUCCUCUCCCUCCUUCUCUUUCUCUGCCCUCUUUCCUCUCUCUCUCUCUCUCUCCCUCUCCCAUCUUUCUGAACUGAUUCUCAUUCUCGCAGACAGACACACACAAGCACUCAAAGAGAAUGGACUAGACCAAAAAAAACCAAACAAACAAACCGGCUUCAUCACCCAGAGGAUUUUUUCCCACCAUAAUUUUCACUUUUCUUCCACUCGCUUUGCUUCAAUCACCUCUUUUCCGCAUCUUUUUUCUCUCCUCCAUCACUUCACCCCCUCUGAUUUGAUCCACUUAUUGAUUUAUUUGUUGUUUUUUUGUAAUCAUUUGCCGACAGCAAGAUUUCACGUCCGACCUACCUACCGCUCACACGUCAUUGACUCGCUUGCAUCAGAGAGGAGUUGCUGUGUUUGUUUUGCAUUUUGGUGAUGUAAUUUUGCAACUCGUCCGCUUCCAUUUAUUAAAAUUCACGAGGCAGAUUAUUCAUGAAUGCAAAAAGAAAAAGAAAAACAAGAUAGGGUGGCUCGAAGGAAUUAAAGCUGCAAAGUAUCCGAAUAAUUUGGUGUGUGUGUGUGUGUGUGUGUGUGUGUACGUAUGGCACAGCGGUAGACAGAUGCAUAACAAAGUGAAGCAAAGCACACAGCUCAUUUCCUCGUUCAUCUUUUUAUUUUCUAUUUCUUUCUUUCUUUCUUUCUUUUUUUAAAAAUCUUUCCACUUUUUCUCGAAGGAGAUUUAAUGGCUCUCCUCUUCAUUGCAUGAAGAUAAUGGGAAGUGGGACUGUUGAGCAUCCGUCACCAUGAUAAAGGCACUCUGGAUUUUAGCAGUUUUCCUGUGGAAUUACCCUUUAAAUCCUGGAUUUGAUUCCAAAUGAAAAAAAUAAUUAACAAUAAUUAAAAAGCUCUCCUAAAUUCUGGACUCUUCUUUUUCUUUUUCUCUUUUUUUUUUGACUUUCUUUUUGUAAAGGACUCGAAGCUGAUUUCAAUAUUUCUUUUUCCAACUAUUGAAUCUUAAUGGGAUUUCACUAACGCGGAUUAAAGACUCAAGCGACAUCUUUGUCUAUUAGCUGACGUAAUAGCCCACGAGUCUUUACAAUUUCUCCAGCCUACAAAAAAAAUCGAUUAAACUCGCUAUUGUUUUUUUAUUUUUUGUUUUUUUUAAAUGUUAAGAGUUCAAUAGACUGGCGGACGUCAGAAAAACAAGCGACGGCAAACAUCUCUUCGGAGGAGCGGAGGGGAGGACAGAAGCCAAGCUGCUCCUGUGGAGUACAAUUACCUCGAAAUCGCCGCUUUACCCUCUUGACCCGUCGCGGAUUUUACCUAAAACUGCCUUGAGCCUCCCUCAGUCUGAGGCUAUGAGAGGGAGAGAGGAGUCCCAGGCCGCACCAUCAUGCUACUUCUGAGACGCUGGGAUGAGACUUUGGCUGGCAAAACACAAGGUAUUACUCUCCCACUCCUCCAGCAUGCCUGUCUGCGGCUGCCGCAGCCCCUGCCCGCCUCGCGGUCAAGCCGGGGCCUCCUCCUCCUCCGCCCCCUCGGUCGCCCAGGAGCAAGAGGGGCGAGUCCGACCCCUACAUCCACCCCCGCCUCCGUCGCUCCACCGCCGCACCAGCGCUUCUCUCUGCCUCUCCCUCCUUCUCCUGCUGCUCUGCCUUCUCCACCUGCCCCCGGCCUGCCACUCACGGAGAGAGAAGGGCGGGGGAGGCGGUGGCGGCGGCCACUACAUCCCCAUCCCUCAGCCCCCUCCCCACCACAUGGCCCUGCCCAACAUCCUGCGCGGCCUCAGCAUCGCCGUCGUCCUGGUGGGCAACUCCAGCGAGAUGGCGCUGGCCGGGGGGCGGGAGAAGGAGGACUUCCUCCACUUGGCGCCCAACGUGGAGGUGCUGACCAUGAAUGAGACGGACCCUAAAAGCAUCAUCAAGAGCAUCUGUGACCUAAUGACGGAGCACUGGCUGCAGGGCGUCGUGUUCGGGGACGACACCGACCAGGAGGCCAUCGCCCAAAUCCUCGACUUCAUCUCAGCUCAGACGCAUAUCCCCAUCCUCGGAGUCCGCGGCGGCUCCUCCAUGGUCAUGGCUGCAAAGGAUGACAACUCCAUGUUUUUUCAGUUCGGCCCCUCCAUCGAGCAGCAGGCUUCGGUCAUACUAAACAUCAUGGAGGAAUACGACUGGUACAUCUUCUCCAUCGUCACCACGUACUACCCGGGUUACCAGGACUUUGUCACCAAGAUCCGUAGCACCAUUGAGAACAGCUUUGUGGGCUGGGAACUGGAGGAAGUUUUACUACUUGACAUGUCCGUAGACGACGGAGAUUCAAAGAUCCAAAACCAGCUGAAGAAGCUCCAGAGCCCCGUCAUUCUUCUCUACUGCACAAAAGAAGAGGCCAACACCAUCUUCGAGGUGGCCCACUCUGUCGGCAUCACCGGCUACGGCUACACAUGGAUAGUGCCCUCGCUGGUAGCUGGAGACACUGUUGUAGUGCCUGCAGAGUACCCCACAGGUUUGCUCUCCGUGUCCUACGACGAGUGGGACUACAACCUGGAGGCCCGCGUUCGCGACGGCGUGGCGAUCAUCACCAUGGCGACCUCCACCAUGAUGAUGGACCGCGGGCCUCACACCCUGCUAAAGUCCGAGUGCCACGGAGCUCCCGACAAGAAGACUCCCAUCUCAGGCAACCCCAACGAAGUGCUCAGGUACCUGAUGAAUGUGACGUUCGAGGGGCGUAAUCUGUCGUUCAGCGAGGACGGAUACCAGAUGCACCCCAAGCUGGUCAUCAUUCUGCUCAACAAGGAGAGACAGUGGGACAGGGUGGGUAAAUGGGAGAACGGUUCCCUGUCCAUGAAAUACCAUGUGUGGCCUCGCUAUGAACUAUAUGGGGGGGCAGCAACCAGGGAGGAUGACCACCUGUCCAUCGUGACAUUGGAGGAGGCUCCGUUUGUCAUUGUGGAAGACGUGGAUCCGCUGAGUGGGACCUGCAUGAGGAACACCGUGCCCUGCCGGAAACAGAUCAAAACACUCAAUCAGACCAAGGAGUCGGGGAUCUACAUAAAGCGCUGCUGUAAGGGUUUCUGCAUCGACAUCCUGAAGAAGAUCGCCAAGUCGGUCAAGUUCACCUACGACCUUUACCUGGUCACUAACGGCAAACAUGGCAAGAAGAUUAAUGGGACGUGGAACGGCAUGGUGGGAGAGGUGGUGUUAAAAAACGCCCACAUGGCUGUCGGCUCCUUGACCAUCAACGAGGAGAGGUCGGAGGUCAUCGACUUUUCCGUGCCCUUCAUCGAGACGGGCAUCAGCGUCAUGGUAUCCCGUAGCAACGGCACCGUUUCGCCCUCUGCCUUUUUAGAGCCCUUCAGUGCUGAUGUGUGGGUGAUGAUGUUCGUGAUGCUGUUGCUGGUGUCAGCAAUGGCUGUGUUUAUAUUCGAGUACUUCAGCCCUGUGGGCUACAACCGCUGUCUGGCUGACGGCAAAGAGCCUCACGGUCCGUCCUUCACCAUCGGUAAGGCCAUCUGGCUGCUGUGGGGUCUGGUUUUUAACAACUCUGUACCGGUGCAGAAUCCCAAAGGCACCACCAGUAAGAUCAUGGUGUCAGUGUGGGCCUUCUUCGCUGUCAUCUUCCUGGCCUCUUACACUGCCAACCUGGCUGCUUUCAUGAUCCAGGAGGAAUACGUGGACCAGGUGACCGGCCUCUCAGACAAAAAGUUCCAGAGUCCCAACGACUUCUCGCCUCCAUUUCGGUUCGGCACCGUCCCAAACGGGAGCACGGAGAGAAACAUCAGGAACAACUAUCCAGAGAUGCACUCGUACAUGACCAAGUUCCAUCAGAGAAACGUCAACGAGGCUCUUGCAAGUCUCAAGGCCGGCAAACUAGACGCUUUCAUUUACGACGCGGCCGUACUGAACUACAUGGCUGGCAGGGACGAGGGCUGCAAGCUGGUGACCAUUGGCAGCGGCUACAUCUUCGCCACGACGGGGUACGGCAUCGCCAUCCAGAAGGAGUCGCUCUGGAAGAGACAUGUGGACCUGGCCAUCCUGCAGCUCUUUGGAGACGGUGAGAUGGAGGAGCUGGAGUCCCUGUGGCUGACGGGGAUCUGCCACCACGAGAAGAACGAGGUGAUGUCCAGCCAGCUGGAUGUCGACAACAUGGCCGGCGUCUUCUACAUGCUGGGCGCCGCCAUGGCUCUGUCGCUCAUCACCUUCAUCUGCGAGCACUGGUUCUACUGGCAGCUGCGCUUCUGCUUCAUGGGCGUCUGCUCCGGCCAGCCCGGCUUCGUCUUCUCCAUCAGCAGGGGCAUCUACAGUUGCAUCCACGGGGUGCAGAUCGAGGAGAAGAGUAGCUCCGCGUUGAACUCCCCAUCAGCCACCAUGAACAACACCCAUUCCAACAUCAUGCGCCUUUUACGCACCGCCAAGAACAUGGCCUCCCUGUCGGGGGUGAACGGCUCGCCACACAGCGCUCUGGACUUCAUCCGCCGCGAAUCAUCCGUUUACGACAUCUCCGAGCACCGGCGCAGCUUGGCGGGCCACUCGGACUGCAAGCCACCUUACAUACCGGAAGACAACAUGUUCAGCGACUACAUCAGUGAGGUGGAGAGGACGUUUGGCAACAUCCACCUGAAGGACAGUAAUCUGUACCAGGACCACUACCUGCACCACCAUGGAUCGACGUUAGGGCUCACCGGACCUCCCGCCAACAGGCCCCAUAGUUUGGGCAGUGCGAGUUCUCUGGAGGGUGGCAUGUUCGACUGUGACAGCCUGGGUGGAGGGGUGGCUCCUAUUUUCACCACCCAGCCCUGCUCAGCACUGACCCACAGGAACAUGAGCAAGUUUGACCUGUUGUCCGGACAGACCCCUCCCUCGGGUCAGGGCUUCAAGGGAGGCCUGCCGGACCUGUACGGGAAGUUCUCCUUCAAGGGAGGUGCCUCCAGUUCCACGUACAUCCCCGGGCAUAACUACUGCGGAGGGAGAGGCGAUGACGAUGGGAAUAUACGUUCGGAUGUCUCGGACAUUUCCACGCACACAGUAACUUACGGAAACCUGGAGGGUAAUGCCAAAAAGCGCAAACAAUACCGUGAUAGCCUGAAAAAGAGGCCGGCCUCUGCCAAGUCCAGACGGGAGCUGGACGAGAUUGAGCUGGGCUACAGGAGGAAACCGUACCACAUCAGCCACCACCACUACCACGGACACCGCUCUACCUCCCCACCGCUUUUGCCCUCUGAACGUAAGAGAGGAGGUGGAGGAGGAGGUGGAGGUGGAGGAGGAGGAGGAGGAGGAGGAAACAACGAUGCGAACUAUCUCUUCAGAGAAAAGGAGAGCGUUAGGGAUUUUUAUUUGGACCAGUUUCGGCCCAAAGAGGGCGUCCCUCAGUGGGAGCAUGUGGACCUCACAGAAGGUCCUGGGAAUAGAGAAGGAGGAGUUGGGGCCUGCACCUCCCUGGUUCCUGUGGAUGACUUUCUUAAGAGCAAACCCAAAAAGUCAGAUUCAAAGAGUGGGGGAGGAUCUGGUCUGGCAGGGGGUGAGUGGGAGUGCAGGAACUGUCGGGCCAGCGGGGGAGGUGGGGGCAAGCAGAUGUCCAUUCACGGAGGCGGUGGCGGGUACGGUGGUGGUGUGAGCUGCGGGUCCUCGGGAGGCGGAGGGAACAGCCGCCCCAGUUCUGCGACCUGCAUGCGAUGCGAGGGCUGUAAAAAAACGGGAAACCUCUACGACAUCAGCGAGGACAACAACCACCUCUUGGAACAGAUGGGGGGAGGGAAAGGUGGAGGAGGUGGAGGAGGUAUGGGCGCAGGCCCGCAGUCUCAACCUCAGGGCCAGCAGAGGAGGAAGAGCGGAGGAUUAGGCAAGCCACUUAGGCGGCAGCACUCGUACGACGCCUUCGUCGACCUUCAGAAAGAGGAGUCAGGCGGGAUGGGAAGUUUGAUGGGGCUAGGGGGAGGUGGAGGGAUCAGCGGCGCGGGUAUGGGAGGGAUGCUGCCCCCACCCAGGAGUGUUAGCCUAAAGGAGAAAGAACGCUACAUGGAGGGCACAAGCCCCUUCGCACACAUAUUUGAGCGUCACGGGGGCUCGGAGAGAGAAAGGGAAAGAGACAGGGACCCGUUGUUUUACGGAGGCGAGGGCCGGAAGCGACCCAGCUCACCAUUCGGCCUGUUCAGAGGCGGCGAGGGUCUCCACCGCCGCUCCAUCGGAGAGAGAGAUAUGAGAGACAGGGACAGGUCUUUGAUGGAAGGAGGAGCAGCGUUCUCUUUAUCCAAAUCUCUUUACCCUGACCGGGUAAACCAAAACCCCUUUAUACCCACCUUUGGCGAUGACCAGUGUCUGAUGCACGGAGCCAAACAAUAUUACAUGAAAAAGCAACAGCAGCAGCAACAAGUUGCCAAAAACAGCCGAAGUGACUUCAGGAGCCAGAUGAGCACGGCGUCAUAUCUGCCAGCGUCUGCCACGGCCGGGGUGAUGUCCAACGUGGCCCCCCGGUUCCCGAAAGAGCUCAGCCUCGGUGGUAUGAACCACCACGGCUCCAUGCUGGGGGUCGGCCCCCCGCGUCCCUUCAAUGGAAGCAAUGGCCAUGUGUACGAGAAACUCUCCAGCAUUGAGUCUGACGUGUGAGAGGGAGAGACAGAAACGGUGGGAGGAGGAACGGACAAUGGCGAGGGGGGGAGGAGGAGGAGAGGCAUGUAGUGUUGUUAGGAGAUCAGGGAUGAUUUUAAAAGACACUGUCCACACACUGCAACCCUAGCCCAUAUUGGGACAGCGAGACGAGGCAAAAGAGGAGAGAGCUAGAGGAGGGACAGACUGUGAAACGGUCAAAAUAAGGGGAGUAAGGGCAAAUCUUGAAUUUUGCAAGAAAAUCUGGGUACAAAAAAAAAAAAAAAUCAGGACACCCUGAGGAGGUGUGAGAUGUUAACCCUCUCUCAGAAACGGCCAAAGCUACUCUACUUUUAUGUCCAAACACAAGUCAAUUAACAUCCACCCCCACCACCCUCCCUACAGCAUCACUCUUCAUCCACCAGCGAGGCAGAAGUCAAUGUACUCGGUUUAUUAUCGCAAAAAAAAGAGGCGACACCUCAUCUUAGUUUGAUAUCGGGACAUGUGAGCCUGGUGCGAUUUCUUUCUUUUUUCUUUCUUUUUUUUUUGUGAUGGCUGAUGUCUCGAGAGCUCCCGCCGAGCUCGCUCAUGAAGAAAGACUGUGAAGAGAGAGAGAGAGAGAGGAGCGAACUGCCCAUCUGCCCCUGUGUCACCGCAGAAAAGGAGACAUUGUCACGUUUACACAGGAGAUGACUAGUGCUUCUCUCUCCUUCUCUCUCAUCUCUCUCUCUCUCUCUCCGUCCUGCACUCGUCACACUCUUCUCCUCUUUCUCUCCUCUCUCUCCUCCUCCUUCCUCAUCCCCCCGAACGCCAAAAGAAGCUGAUCUUGUUUGCUAUGAGAAAUACAAUCAUGAAUCAUAAUAAGAUAUUCUUAUAGAAAAAAACAGGGUAUAAGAACAACAAUAAUAUUGAUAACAUUGUGAAUAACAAAGAUGUUAGUACUGAUUAUGAUAACACUGCUUAUGAUAUCACUAAGUUUUUUCUUGUUUUCUGUUACGUUGGUAUAAUAUUUCACUACUGUUUUAGUAUCUGUAGUUGUAUCCCGUCUGCCCCUGGUGGCAGCAGGAAGGUUGUUUUUAGUUCAACCAACAAGCCAGAAAGACUGAGUCCUCCACUCCUGUUUUUAUUUUUCUGUUUCCUGUAGAAUAUUUUACUCCAUGCACAUACAUUUAUUUGCUCCUCGUGGAAGAACAGGAUCUGGAAGACGCGUUUCGAGCUGACAGAUCCUUAUUUGAAGUUUCAAGACAUUACGAAUCAAGUACACACACACACACACAAACAUACAUACACAGUUUUUUGUCGGCCUGAACUUGUGCUACUGUGAACCAACACGUUUCGUCGGAAGCUGAAGAUACUGAGAGGAAGGACGUGCCUUAAAGGUCUCCAGUGGAUGUGUCCUCCCAGUUUUCGCAACGCGGCCAGCAAACCAACCAGGAACGGACCAGCAGCGACACGUUCGAGGCCCCGCGCUCGGUGGUCUCUUCACAUUUAUGAGCCAAAACUGCAGUUAAAAAAAAAAAAAUUAAAUAAAAAAUUUACAGCAGGCUUGAGACGCUGCUGCUUCUGCUGCUGCUGCUGCUGCUGCUGAUGGUUUCAAUACGAGAAUGCCGUCGGAGAUGUUUUAUAACUUCGUAAAAAUUGAUUUCAUAAGUCAAGUUUGGGCAGUGCUUUAUGAAGCUGUUGUAUUCAGGAUGUCCCACAUGUCGCCGACAGACGGCGUCUCACUUCACACACACACACAGAAGAAACGGCAGCCUUUUCUUUUUUUGAAACACUUCUUUUUAUUCAGGUUACACGAUAAAAAGUCACCAGGCACUUAUUUGUUUUGUUUUUUGGCAUUACUUUUCCACUCACGAGCAGUCCGAGAGGCGCACACAGAAAGCUUUGUUCAGGACGCUGUGUAUGAUUUCUUUUUUUUUAAUAUAUGCACCGUGGUUUUAUGUAGGCGAAGCGCUCCAAGACGUGUCGGAGAAUGUGUUGUUGUUGCCGCAUGACAAUGAUAGGAGGAUGUCUAUUUAAGAGAGGCCGACCAAGGCGUCAGGAAGGGAACGCGGCCAUCUUGCAUAUCUU